AUGGAAUCUAAUCCUCAAGGCAAUGCUGCUGAGCUCAUUAUAGUCUGCUGCCAUGCCAUAUGGCUUGGAGGGCCGUCAAAUGGCUGGGAUGAAUCAGAAUGGCUGAUUGAGCCGUUUCAAAAAGGCGAAACACCAAUAUACAUUGAGCACAUCAAAGCCGGCAUAAAGGCACUAAGUCAGGCUCCUGCAGGGAGUCUGCUCGUAUUUUCAGGUGGCCCUACAAAAGCCGCUGCAGGUGCUCUAGCGGAGGGACAAUCCUAUUUGAAUCUCGCACAAGCAAAUGAAUACUUCCCAAAGACUACGACAACGACUAUAGAUCAGUCCGCAGUCACUGCCGAGAAUCUCGCCACAGACUCUUACCAAAAUGUCCUCUUCUCUCUUCUCCUUUUCCGGCGGCUGAGAGGCUUCUACCCUACCCGCCUGGUAAUUGUAUCCCAUGAAUUCAAGCGGGCACGAUUCACCGACCUACACUGCCGAGCUAUCAAGUGGCCACUUGAACGGGUGGAGUAUAUUGGCAUCAAUCCUCCCCCGGAAGUAACGCCCCCUGAUACUCUUGUUGCGGCCGAAGCAAAGAGCGGGUUCGGCCUGUGGAAGAGCGACUUGUAUGGCACGGGUAAAAUACUGCAUGAGAAGAGAGUCAAGCGCGCAUGGAAAGCUGCAGAUGCAUAUGGUGUGGUGCAGUAUAUAUGUGGAGACUUAUCAGACGUACAAGGUGAUACCCAUGAGAAGGCCCUGGAGGCGAGUGUCAUGCACUUGCUGAGAUGGACUGGUGGAAGUUCAGGAGUCGAAGUGUUUCCGGAGCGGUUACCGUGGGAAGAUGACGAUGCGGCGGUCUAA